AUGGGAAACUGCAUACAAUCUAGGGUUUGUGCAGAAACAGGAGAUCAGAUCAUAAAAGUAAUGAGAAUGGAUGGAACAAUACUGGAAUACAUCCCUCCUCUUCUAGUCAGAGAUCUUCUAAUGGAGGGUGACUACCAGAAGGAUCAUAUGCUUGUUCACUCAGAGAAUGCCGAUCUUGCUCUUCCCCAUGAUCAUAAAUUGGAGGGAGGAAAUCUUUAUCACCUCAUUCCUUCACAUAUUAAAGAUCAUAAAGCAUUUUCAGCACAGAAUGAUAGAGCCCAUGGGACAGGCAAGGAAGCAGCAGUUCAGGUAGAAAAUGGCAUUAGGCUCAAAAUUGUGGUGUCAAAACAGGAGCUGAAGGCUCUGCUUUCAGAUGGUUGUGGGAAGGAGAAAUUAGUGGAGCAGCUUCUUCUGAAGCAGCUUCAGUCCAGCAUUCAACAACAAGAUUUUGAUGUCGCAAGCAGAAGAUGGAGACCCUCUUUGGAGAAAAUUCCAGAGAUCAAUUAG